CCUAACAACAGUUGGAUUAUCGUGUUCAUUCUCUCCCGUCAUGUGGAGAUGAACUUUUCUGAAUGACUUUUAGAGCUUCUUGCAUCUCUUUUUUUAGUAAAAACAAGUCACGCCGUUGAUGUCAGAAGAACACUUGUGAAUGAAAGAUGAACUUCUCUGAAGUCUUGAAGCAAUCCAACCAGCUCUGUAAAGUUUCCCCAAAUGGAAAGUAUUUGGCAACCUGCGUACAGUACCGGCUAGUGGUGCGAGAUGUUAGCACCCUGCAAAUCCUGCAGCUGUACACCUGUUUGGAUCAGAUAUCCCACGUGGAGUGGUCCUCUGACUCUCUCUUUGUACUCUGUGCAAUGUACAAGAGAGGCCUGGUACAGGUGUGGUCACUCGAACAGCCGGACUGGCACUGCAAGAUUGACGAGGGCUCGGUCGGGCUCGUCGCCUCACGCUGGAGUCCAGACGGACGUCACAUUCUCAACACCUCGGAGUUCCACUUGAGAGUUACCGUCUGGUCGUUGUGCACCAAAGCUGUGUCUUACAUCAAGUAUCCCAAAGCGUGUCAGAAGGGUAUAGACUUCAGCAGAGAUGGGUGYUAUAUGGCCUUGGCUGAACGUCGUGACUGUAAAGACUAUAUUAGUAUAUUUGUGUGUGAUGACUGGCAUUUACUCAGGCAUUUUGAGACUGAAACACAGGACCUGGCAGGACUGGAGUGGUCUCCUAACGGCUGUGUGCUGGCAGCGUGGGACAGCUGUCUAGAGUACAAGGUUUUGCUGUAUUCUUUGGAUGGCCGCUUGUUGUCAACCUACAGUGCCUAUGAGUGGUCUCUGGGUGUAAAGUCUGUGUCCUGGAGCCCCAGCAGCCAGUUCCUGGCUAUUGGCAGCUAUGAUGAGAAAGUGCGUAUUCUUAACCACAUCACAUGGARGAAAAUUGUCCAGUUCGAACACCCUGCAGUCAUUGACAACACGAAAGCUACCGUGUAUAAGGAAGUUGAAAGAAGGCYGGCUGUGCCCAGUGAUGAACUGUCGCUUCACAACAUUACAGUGGGCUCUACUSUUUUCAACACGCAGAGCAAAUAUGAGAUCGGUGCUCUGCCUGUUCAAAUUCCUGUGGUUAAACCAGAACCAGACAGAGCGAAUCCCAAGAUAGGUGUCUCUGUUUUAGCAUUCAGCUCAGACAGUCACUAUCUAGCUACCAAAAAUGACAACAUGGCCACUGCUGUGUGGGUGUGGGACAUGCAGAAGAUGAGCCUGGAGGCUGUGCUGGAGCAGACAUCAGCCGUACGCUGCUUUCAGUGGGACCCCCGACGCCCCCGGCUGGCUCUGUGUACGGGCAACAGCAAACUCUACCUCUGGUCCCCAGGAGGAUGUGUUUCUGUUCAAGUCCCARCUGAAGGUGGCUUUCAGGUCCAGUCUCUGAUGUGGCACAGCAGUGGAGACUCUCUGAUCCUGCUUGGAAAGGAGCAGCUUUGUUUGUGCUACAUGGACACUGAUCAGGAAGAAACAUGAAAUACACAACGCUUGUUCUAAGAGGCUCUUGGUCAUAGUUCAGGUUUAUGAAGGCUUACAUUUGUGCUUAGAUGAAGACUAAUGAAAACACUCCUGAAAAUCUCUUACGCUGGAAUCUCCUACUCACCAAGCGUUUAAACCCUCCAGAGCAAGUUUACUUGGAUGCUUUUUUCAUCUCAAUAAGUAGAAAACUCRACAUGGCAUUCUUAGUAAUAAAUAUUUUGUUAAAUAAGAUACUGAAGCACUAGUUGCAGACAGAUUAGAUUUUCAAAAUGUGUAAUGUUAUUGUAGUUUGUCUGACUAUAUAUAUUUUUAUGAAAUUGCGCAAUUAUGAAUAAAGUUGUUUCAUAAAUAAUCAUU